UGGGUCUUAUCGCUCCCUCAGGAAAGCUGAGUCAGCCAUCUUGAAUUUGCCUUGAUGCGGGUGAAGUUUUGGCAAGCUCAUGUGGAUGUGGAACACAGUUUAAUUUGUUUUUAAUUGUUUAUAUCUGUUUGGAAUGCGUACUUUUAUACCCCCGCUUCAAACCACCACCACCUCAGUUAUUUUCAUUAGUCUUAUUGCUCUCAUUUUCUUAAGCGCUGUCUUAUCAUCAGCCCUGAUUUGUUCAUCUUACAGCAGUGUAACGUUAUCAGCGGGUUUCCUGGAUGAACUACAUUACCCAUAAUGCAUAUUUGCCCGGGACAUUGACGGUUGAGGAAGGUCCAUGAGUUUUGAAUUCUCUGGCGGAGUCCGAAAGCAUAACGUUAUUCCUGAUUCCCGCCGUUUUCGCUGUUCGUCAUUAAUGCAUGCUCAAGUGUGUGGUUGUGAGAUCUUCUCGAAAUAAUUUUAACAGUUCAGAUAUCGGACUACAAAGAGUGCUACAGAGAGUCAGUGUUUCACUAUCAGACAGGUGCCAAUAGAAAGCUCGAAAAGCUGAGGUCAACUACAUCAUCAACCUAUCAAAGGAUCAAACCCCAGCCACUCUGGAAACAAUGAGAGAAGAAAUCAUACAUGAAGUCGAAAAGACUGAGAGAAACCAUUUAGUCAUAGGCAAGCUCAUGAACACAACCUAUGCCCUUCGUCGCCAAGAAAUCGUUGGAGCUCUUGUAGCUCCACGGGUGAGAGAUGUCGUGGAUAGAUGGCCAGCCCUACUUAUGGAGUCACAGGUGUUUGCAGAGUUCCACCGAAUCAACAAUGUUAACCUGUGCAAUCAAUUCUACAAGGAGCUGGACAGACACACGCCUAAACUCAUUACCUUGUUCAGAGACAAGGCCACCAAGACUGGCAAGAUAGCGGAGGAGCUAGCCAGGCUCAUGAUGAUUUAUGACCUUCAGGAACAACGUAAUGUAAAUAUAAGACGGGCACUCGUCCUUCGUGCUCUUCCUGUGUACCUGCGUGAAGAUGCCUUCAAGUUCUUCAGGACCUGUAAUUCAGCAGAUUGUCCAGACCUCACUGACACUCCGGUGGCUCUCCUGACAGUCGUCACGGAUGACACUAUUAAUGCGGCCCUCUUCAGCCCUGAGAGCAUCUGUAUCGUCGUGGAGGAUGAAAUACUUGUGAGUGGUCCCACGACUCUGGCUGACUCAUUUCUCCUGCUCUUUGGGUAUGUCUAUGCACUAGACCUACAGUACCCAAAGAAUCUUGAACUUACAUUCACAUUUAUCCAAAAAGUUGUGAUGUGUCUUGAGGACAACAAACCACUGAAAGGGCGUCUACUGAUGCUGAAGAAUGAUUUGUUUAAUGAGUGAAUCACUCAGGAUGGAUUAUUUGAGUUGAGUUGAGUAUUGAGAAAGUCCCUCCCUUUUUACAAAUGUAAUAAUUUGCCUGUUCUACCUCAGAUUUAAGAUCUGACACUGUUUGCCUCUUCUACCUCAGAUUUAAUACAUUGAUUAGGACAUUGAACUUGAUGUUGCCAGUUGAAGUACAACCAGUACUUUAUUUGAAUGUUUUAUUAUUGACACAUAUUGUACUUUAAAAAACAUUUUGUUUUUAUGCGGUCAUUUUCUAUUUUUUUUAAUUUCACAAGCACUUUUUGACUCCUGCUCCUUUGAUUUAUGCCUUUUAAAAAGUGCAUUGUAUUAAAUAAAAAAAGUUGUUAAAUUGCCACUGUGGUGUCACUUUCAUGGUUUCUAACAUUAUUAGCUGAUUGUGUAGUGGGCCGACAUCAGUAUUUCAGUUUAGAAUUAAUUUUGAGUGCAUCACCCACAUUAAGAGUUAAAAUUUAUUGAAAAUUUUGAAUGUAUUUCCCAAAUUAUAUGAGUUGGAAAAUAUUGAAAAUUGAGUGUAUUUCCCACAUUAUAGGAGUCGAAAAAUAGUGAAAAAUUUAAGUGUAUUUC